CGUUCAUCUUCCUCCCGCCAUGUACAUCCCCUCGGUGCUGCUUCUGGCCGCGAGCCUGUUCCAUGGCGCAACGGCGCUGCCCACGCCCGGCUCCUCGCCCUUCCCGCCCAGCCAGGACCCCUGGUACAGCGCGCCCGAGGGCUUCGAGGAGGCAGAUCCCGGUGCCAUCCUGCGCGUGCGGCCCGCGCCCGGCAACUUGACCGUGGUAGUGGGCAAUGCCUCGGCGGCCUACAACAUCCUCUACCGCACUACAGACAGUCAAUACAAGCCUUCGUGGGCUGUGACUACCCUGCUAGUGCCCACCGAGGCCGCCUCCGCCGCCAUCAACCAGAGCGUCUUGCUCUCCUACCAGAUCGCGUACGAUUCGUUCGACGUCAACGCCAGUCCCAGCUACGCCAUGUACACUAGCCCGCCCUCCGAUAUUAUCCUCGCCCUGCAGCAGGGCUGGUUCGUCAACGUCCCCGAUUACGAAGGCCCCAACGCCUCUUUCACUGCCGGUGUGCAGUCCGGCCAUGCCACCCUUGACUCGGUCCGCAGCGUGCUCGCCUCCGGAUUCGGCCUGAACCAGGAUGCCAAGUACGCUCUUUGGGGAUACUCUGGCGGUGCCUUGGCCAGCGAAUGGGCUGCUGAGCUGCAGAUGCAAUACGCUCCGGAGUUGAACAUUGCCGGUCUGGCCGUGGGUGGACUCACUCCCAACGUUACCAGUGUCAUGAACACGGUGACCUCGACCAUCAGCGCAGGACUCAUCCCCGCCGCCGCGCUGGGUCUGUCGAGCCAGCACCCUGAAACGUACGAGUUCAUCCUCAGCCAGCUGAAGACGACAGGACCCUACAACCGCACGGGAUUCCUGGCCGCCAAGGACCUGACCCUGUCCGAAGCGGAGGUCUUCUAUGCCUUCCAGAACAUCUUCGAUUAUUUCGUCAACGGAUCGGCCACGUUCCAGGCGCAAGUGGUGCAGAAGGCACUUAACCAGGACGGAUACAUGGGCUAUCAUGGGUUCCCGCAGAUGCCGGUGCUCGCGUACAAGGCCAUUCACGACGAGAUCAGUCCCAUCCAGGACACGGAUCGCGUGAUCAAGCGGUACUGUGGACUGGGAUUGAACGUCUUGUAUGAGCGGAACACCAUCGGUGGACACUCCGCAGAGCAGGUGAAUGGCAACGCCCGGGCGUGGAACUGGUUGACGAGCAUUUUCGAGGGAACGUAUGCGCAGCAGUACAAGACCGAGGGGUGCACGAUCCGCAAUGUCACUUUGAACACGACUUCCUCUGUUUACUAGAGGGGGACUGAUGUUAUGUGAAUGAUGUUAUUAAUGGCUGUGUAUGGACAGCCGGCUCUAUUGUACAGUAAUGGGCUAAUGAAUGUGGCUUCAUGAACAUGGUACGAAUGAUUAUGUUAUGUACAUAGUGUGGAUGUGGUAAUGAUGAA